AUGUCUCAAAAAACUUAUCUUACACAACAAAAGUUUAGUAAAACUUUUCUCUAUCCUAAUCCCACAAAUUUAUAUCAAUAUUAUUGCAAUGCAUUUGCUUAUAGUGAGCUUAUCAAUACAUAUCAAGAAACCAAGCCAGCUAAACAAAAAAUCAUGGAAGACGCAAACCUCAACUUGGCUGAUUCAACACCUCAACAACAUAAGAUUGAUUCGCAACAAUCGCCAUCUACACCUUCAUCAUCUACAUCUAAUUUUUCCCUUGUAGGCAUGUCACCUGAUCAACUUAAAUUGUUUACACCAGGUGGAACCUCAAAAAAUGCUGCUGCUCAACGUCAAGCUAUUUUGGACAUAGAAUUAGCACAAAAAAAAGUUUCUGAAUUUAGACAAUUGAUCACCAUGACCACUGAUGAAGAACUGGCAAAAGACCUAUAUACAAAGAUUCAGCACGCUGAAAAUAAUAUAAUUGAAAAUCAAAGAAGAUUAAAAAGAUUAAAAAGUGGUGCAGAGGCUCAAGAAAGAUUCAGGCAAAAAAGACAAAAGCGAUUAUCAGAUUCACCUGGCAGUGUUAGAUCUGGUGCUGAAUCAAUUGAAUUGAAUAAUGGGGAUGGAAGUUCAAUGUUUCAAGAGUCUACUGCAAGUAUCGAUUUAGGAUAUGCUUCUACAAUAGAAUCUGUUAUUGAUGAAAUAAGUGAAGAGUUACGCACAAUAAGUCUUGGCCCUGGGAGAAUUGUUGCAAUCAAUUCAGACAAAUCACAACUAACGCAACUUCGUUAUAAGAUAACUGCAUGUUUUGAUUCAGCAGCAACUGCUACAGCGUGCAAUGUUAAAUUAACUUGGGACCCUGAAUAUAAUGAUGUUCUGGUAAAUGAACAUUUAGCUGAAAGAUUCGCUAGAUACAUGAGUGAAAGAGGAGUUCAUUAUAGAAGUAAACAAGAUGAAUUAAAAGUUACAAAAUCUUCUACUGAUAUGGGAAAUGUCAGUUACGUAGUGCCAAGUAUUCAUUGCGUAUAUAAUAUUGGAACGCAAGCUAAACUUCAUACAGAAGAAUUUGCAAAUGCUGCAAAGUCUCUGGAUGCUCACAUUUCAACAAUUCGUGCUGCGAAAUGUUUAUCACUAACAGCCAUUGAUGUUUUUGUCGAUGAUAACUUGUAUAAAGCAGCAUUCCGAGAAUUUAAAUCAACUUUACAAAAUUGUAAUGAUGAUCAAUAA